GUGAUCUGAUAAGUUCUCUAGCAAUCCAUCUACCAGAGCGUCGUUCUUCAUAGCUUGAGGUUGGAGCUCGAGAGAAGCCCUUCGUUUCGGCCAUGGCGGAAUCUCCUCUCACCACCGUGCUCGUCACCGGCGCUGGCGGAAAGACAGGACAACUCGCUUACGAGAAGUUGAAGCAGAGGGCAGAUCAAUUCAUCGGUAGAGGUUUAGUUAGAAGACCAGAGAGCAAGGAGAAGCUUGGAGGAGCUGAUGAUGUCUUUGUGGGCGACAUCAGAGAUACUGAGAGUAUCAUCCCUGCUUUGCAAGGCGUCGACGCGCUCAUAAUACUCACCAGCGCUGUCCCAAAGAUGAAACCUGGUUUUGAUCCGACCAAGGGUGGGCGCCCCGAGUUCUAUUUCGAAGAUGGAUUGUUUCCGGAGCAGGUUGAUUGGAUUGGCCAGAAGAAUCAGAUUGAUGCUGCUAAGGCUGUGGGUGUGAAGCACAUUGUAUUGGUUGGGUCCAUGGGAGGGACUAACCCUAAUCAUCCACUGAACAGCCUUGGCAAUGGCAACAUCUUGGUGUGGAAGCGGAAGUCUGAGCAGUAUUUAGCUGAUUCUGGAAUUCCAUACACUAUUAUAAGGGCUGGAGGGUUACAAGAUAAAGAUGGAGACCUGCGGGAAUUAAUUGUGGGCAAAGAUGACGAACUGCUGCAGACGGAGAAUAAAUUAAUCCCCAGGGCUGAUGUUGCUGAAGUUUGCAUUCAGGCGUUGCAGUUUGAGGAGGCAAAGUUCAAGGCAUUUGAUUUGGGCUCCAAGCCAGAGGGCGUGGGCACACCAACAAAAGAUUUCAAGGCACUCUUCUCUCAAGUAUCUGCUCGAUUCUGAGUCAUGGUUCAUUUGAGCAUCUUGAAAUGCCAGAAUUCCAGCCAAAAGUAUUCUAUGAGGUAUAGUCUAAGUUAUCCACCUACUUGGCCUAUUAUAUAUAUGUAAAUAAUGGCUUCACUGAAUCCCUAGUUUAUCAGAUCAAACUAAAUACAAAUUCUGAAAUUUGAUUAACAAUGAUUUUAUAAGUCAGGAUUUGCCUUA